CUGUUUUUUACAAUGAUUUUUUGGCUUCCUCUUUGCAAAAAGGACUGCCAGACGAUUUUUCGAUUUUGGAAGACCGUGGAGAUCAAAACAGUCUCUUUUGUCUACUCAGUCCCCUCUUGAUCUGAAAGAAGAUCCCUGUUUCUGGUUAUGAUGUCUCGACAGAGUCAGUUAUUUACAUUGCUUAGGAGAAGGUUUCAUUCACCGUCUAAUGAUGCCCCAACGGAGACCUUAAGAAAGAAGAUAGCCGAUUUGCAAAAGAGUAAGAAGCGAAGGAACCCAAUAAAGAACCAGUUUCUAGUUGAGGUUCCAGAAUCAAGAUCAUAUUUAGACACAGCAACGAUGCCUAUGUUCCUCGCUGUUGUAGGUAUCGCAUUAUUUGCAAAGGUGCUAAUGAUGAUCGAUGAUUCGAAAUCGCAAGAAAUGAUUGAACGCAAGAUAAAGAAUGCACCACAGGGGCAAGGCACGGUACGAAUGAUCGAUCGUGAGGAGUGGGAUGAGUUUAGAGAAGUAAGGCCAAGAACACCUUUUGAGUCAAAGCUUGCUCGCCCAAAUGCACAAAUAAGAACUGGAGAACCUGUGCGCAAGGAUGACUUGAAAAACUGGACAAUAGACGUGCUAACAAAUGCUCUUGAACGAACCGAAGAAAGUGUUCGCCGUGGUUCCAGUUAGAUUUUCUUUCCUCAAUUCAAUUGGAGCUUCCUAGUUAAUAGACAUAUAUAUAUCUUGAGAAUUUGGUACUCAAGAACACUCUCGGUCAUCUCCUAAGCGAACAUAGGCAUCAUUUAGGACAGUUGAGAGAAGGAACAGAAGCUGUCUUGUAACGGAGAAAUCUUUGAAAUGGAGAUAUGAAUAUUCUUACUUUGUUUUGGAACUGCUUUGUGUAUUCAUAUGUGUUUGACUCACACAUUUCAUCAAAAUGCUUAUAAAGGGUUUGAUUGAUAACUCGGACUCGGUUAUGGGUGUAACGUUUUAAUAUUUAAAAUCGCAAAAUUGGAACCGCUUUUUUAAACUGAGUGAAAUAUAGCGUUUUGAAAAAAGACGUUUCUGGUGGCUUCUGAAU